AUUGACUGCACACUCGUCCACAUCCGCAAGAAGGAGGACCCGUGGAAUAGUAUCACUUCCGGCGCUCUCACCGGCGCUAUACUCGCCGUACGGAACGGCACGGGAGCUAUGGUCGGCUCGGCUGUCAUCGGCGGUGUUUUGCUGGCCCUCAUCGAAGGCAUGGGUAUAUUGUUUACGAGGUAUUCGUCCGAACAGUUCCGACCCGUUCAUCCGCUCGAAGACCCGUCACAGUUGGGACAGUCGGGCGAAGGCCCGCCCGGCGGACCACCCUUUGGCGGCCAAACCCCUCAAUACCAAUAG